CGUACGCCACGGCACCGCCUUCCCGGCCGCUCGCCCGCCCGCUCUGGCCCGGAGCCUUCCAGGCAGCCAGCGAGCGAGGGGAGCGCUCGGGGAUGGGACUUGGAGGAGGCGGCUAAGGAGGAGACAGCGGCAGUGGCGCGGGCUUCUUGCUUGGCUCCCACGAACGGCCCCUGAGAAUAGCCGCGGCUCUCGGCGCAGCGAGGAGGCCCAAGAGGAAGACCCGGGUGGCUGCGCCCCCGUCUUGCUUUCCAGGCGCUGGCGGCUGCUGCAGGUGAGCGAGCCUUGCGCCUCUUCCUCUUGAAGAUGGAAAAGAUGCUGGUGGGCUGCUUUCUGCUGAUCCUCGGACAGAGCCUCCUCCUCCCCGCUGAGGCCAGGGAGUGGCCACCCUCCAGGUCCAUCUCCAGAGGGAGACACCCUAGGACCCACCCUCAGACGGCCCUCCUGGAGAGCUCCUGUGAGAAUAAGCGGGCAGACCUGGUCUUCAUCAUUGACAGCUCCCGCAGCGUCAACACCCACGACUAUGCCAAGGUCAAGGAGUUCAUUGUGGACAUUUUGCAGUUCUUGGACAUUGGCCCUGACAUCACCCGAGUGGGCCUGCUCCAAUAUGGCAGCACCGUCAAGAAUGAGUUCUCCCUCAAGACCUUCAAGAGGAAGUCCGAAGUGGAGCGUGCUGUCAAGAGGAUGAGGCACCUGUCCACGGGCACCAUGACAGGACUGGCCAUCCAGUAUGCCCUCAACAUUGCUUUCUCAGAAGCGGAGGGGGCCCGGCCCCUGAGGGAGAAUGUGCUGCGGGUCAUAAUGAUUGUGACGGAUGGGAGGCCACAGGACUCAGUGGCCGAGGUGGCUGCAAAGGCACGGGACACAGGCAUCCUGAUCUUUGCCAUUGGCGUGGGCCAAGUGGAUCUCAACACGCUGAAGGCCAUAGGGAGUGAGCCCCACGAAGACCAUGUCUUCCUGGUGGCCAACUUCAGCCAGAUGGAGUCGCUGACCUCGGUGUUCCAGAACAAGUUGUGCACGGUCCACAUGUGCAGCCUCCUGGAGCAUAACUGUGCCCACUUCUGCAUCAAUACCCCUGGUUCAUACAUAUGCAGGUGCAAACAAGGGUACAUCCUCAACUCGGAUCAGAAGACUUGCCGAAUCCAGGAUCUGUGUGCGGCGGAGGACCACGGCUGUGAGCAGCUCUGUGUGAAUAUUCUGGGCUCCUUCGUCUGCCAGUGCUACAGUGGCUAUACCCUGGCGGAGGACGGGAGAAGGUGUGUGGCUGUGGACUACUGUGCCUCAGAAAACCACGGAUGCGAACAUGAGUGUAUGAAUGCUGACGGCUCCUACUUUUGCCGGUGUGCUAAAGGAUUUGCUCUUAACCCAGACAAAAAAACAUGCACAAAAAUAGACUACUGUGCCUCACCUGAUCAUGGAUGUCAGCAUGAAUGUAUUAACACAGAUGCCUCCUAUGCCUGCCGCUGCCUAAAAGGCUUUACCCUGAAUCCGGAUAAGAAAACCUGCAGAAGAAUCAACUACUGUGCGCUGAACAAGCCGGGCUGUGAGCACGAAUGCGCCAACACAGAGGAGGGCUACUACUGCCGCUGUCGCCAGGGCUACACCCUGGACCCCAACGGCAAGACCUGCAGCCGGGUGGAUCACUGCGCAAAGCAGGACCAUGGCUGUGAGCAGCUGUGUCUGAACACCGAGGAGUCCUUCGUCUGCCAGUGCUCAGAAGGUUUCGUCAUCAACGAGGACCUCAAGACCUGCUCCCGGGCUGAUUAUUGCUUGCUGAGCGACCAUGGUUGCGAAUACACCUGCGUCAACAUGGACAGAUCCUUCACCUGUCAGUGUCCGGAGGGACACGUGCUCCGCAAUGAUGGGAAGACCUGUGCCAAAUUGGACUCUUGUGCCUUGGGGGACCAUGGCUGUGAACAUUCAUGUGUAAGCAGGGAAGACUCUUUUGUGUGCCAGUGCUUUGAAGGGUAUAUACUCCGAGAAGAUGGGAAAACCUGCAGAAGGAAAGAUGUCUGCCAAGCAGUAGACCAUGGCUGUGAGCACACUUGUGUGAACAGUGGUGAGUCAUACAUCUGCAAGUGCUUGGAGGGGUUCCGGCUUGCCGAGGAUGGAAAACACUGCAGAAGAAAGGAUGUCUGCAAAUCGACCCGCCAUGGCUGCGAACACAUUUGUGUUAAUAGUGGCAAUUCCUAUAUCUGCAAAUGCUCAGAGGGAUUUGUUCUAUCUGAGGAUGGAAAACAGUGCAAGAGAUGCUCUGAAGGCCCAAUUGACCUGAUCUUUGUGAUCGAUGGAUCCAAGAGCCUCGGAGAGGAAAAUUUUGAGAUUGUGAAGCAGUUUGUCACUGGAAUUAUAGAUUCCUUGGCGAUUUCCCCCAAAGCUGCUCGAGUAGGGCUGCUCCAAUAUUCCACACAGGUCCGCACAGAGUUUACCCUGAGAAACUUCAGCUCAGCCAAGGAAAUGAAAAAAGCCGUGGUCCACAUGAAAUACAUGGGCAAGGGCUCUAUGACAGGGCUGGCCCUGAAACACAUGUUUGAGAGAAGUUUUACACAAGUAGAAGGGGCCAGACCUCUCUCCGCGCGGGUGCCCCGAGUGGCCAUCGUGUUCACAGAUGGACGGGCGCAGGAUGACGUCUCCGAGUGGGCCAGUAAAGCCAAGGCCAAUGGUAUAACUAUGUAUGCUGUUGGGGUAGGAAAAGCCAUUGAGGAAGAACUGCAAGAGAUUGCCUCUGAACCCACAAACAAGCAUCUCUUCUAUGCUGAAGACUUCAGCACAAUGGGCGAGAUAAGUGAAAAACUAAAGAAAGGCAUAUGUGAAGCUCUGGAAGACUCUGAUGGAAGUCAGGACUCCCCAGCAGGGGAAUUGCCAAAGAGGGUCCACCAGCCAACAGAGUCUGAGCCACUCACCAUAAAUAUCCGAGACCUACUUUCCUGUUCUAAUUUUGCAGUGCAAAACAGGUAUCUGUUUGAAGAAGACAGUCUUUCACGAUCUACACAAAAACUUUCCCAUUCGACAAAAUCUUCAGGAAGUCCUUUGGAAGAAAAACCUGAUCAAUGCAAAUGUGAAAACCUUAUAACAUUCCAGAACCUUGCAAAUGAAGAAGUAAGAAAAUUAACACAACGCUUAGAAGAAAUGACACAGAGAAUGGAAGCCCUGGAAAAUCGCCUGAAAUACAGAUGAAGAUUCGAAUUACUGUUUGUACAUCAUUGUAUCAAAGAUUACAGUGAAAGCAGUUCAAAGCCCCAAAGCUCAGGCUAUCAUUAAUUCUGUCAAGUUGUAAAAUAAAACAUAAUUAGUACUGAGAAAGCUGGUUUGCUAUAAGGCAAAAAGUAGACACUAACUUGUAUAAAUUCAAAGAGAAAAAGAAUCCUUCAGAAUCCGUAAAUGAGUUUACCAAGUGAGAAGAAAUAAGCUAUGCAAGGUGCUCUGUAACACACUGUGGACGUGAUUUGCUUUUGCCUGGUCCUGCCUUAAAGUGACAGCCUUCCCAUGCAUUUAGGAAGCCAAAUGAUGCCUUACAAAAUACCUUGACUAAGCUUGUUUAACUACUUCAAGACAAGUAUUUCUAUCAGAACGUCCUCCCAAAGGGCAUUGUGCUACAGUGGGAAGAACCUCUAGGCCUCAAUCAUAUCGGAUGAUUCUUUCCAAGUGUAAAAGUUGUGAUUCAAAGUAUUAAACCUUUAGCUUAAAUUUAUAUUAGAGUCAUCCAUUUGAUUGUGAAAAGAGAUUUUCAUUAGGAAAUAAAGUAUUAAUUUGGGUUGAGAUGUAAUCAGUUCAGGCAUUGCUUCCAAUUCAAUUUUACUUUGCUUUUUAAGUCCUGGCUCCCUCUUGUGGCUCUAGACUGCCCCUGCUCCCAUUUCCUUUUAAGCUGUUAAACACAUUUCAUUAUAGAGUUUAUAACUUUCUCCAACUCCGUGAGGAAAAUGCCUUCAAGGGAAACAAAGGCCUCCAAUCAAUCCAUCAAAUUUACAGAUUAAUCCAAGAUAUUGAACUUUAAGAUUAUCUACAAUUUGAAAUAUUUCUCUCUUUUCCUUGUUUUGCUGUAUGUCUCAGGUGUAAAGGUUUUACAUUCCAGUUUAUUUGUGUGACCUUUUUAAGCCUUGAUGGUGUCAAAUGGGACUAAUAGUACUAUCUCAUGGGAUUGUCAAGAGGAUUAAAUGGGUUAACAAGUACAUUACUUAGUAAAGUCUAACAUAUUUUAAAUGCUCAAGAUUACCUAUUGUUUUUAUUCAGCAGCCAACAGCACCUCACACAAUCAUGGUGCCACACAAAGCCACAAGCAUAUCAAUGAGAGUUAAGUAAAUGCUUAAGCCCUCAAAGUCA